UGAUGUGUUGGCCGUGUUUCUGAUGUCAGGCAUGUGUAACCCCAAGAACUUGAGCGACACGCCGGCGACGGCUAAGAGCACGGUGGAGGAGCUGCAGCGGCCGAUCCCCUCGCUCUUCAGAGCGCUGACCGACGGAGACGCUCCCAUCAACAUGAUGGUGGUGUCCUUCCCUGCGGCUGAAGAGCUGUCCUAUCAGCAGAACCUGCUGUCCUUCCUGGAGACGCUGGAGGACGCGCACCACAACGUCUCUCUGCCCGGCAACAGCAUCCACGCCAGCUACGACACGCAAGAUAAGCUGUGUACGGUGGUGUACUUGGACGACUGCGUGUCCAUCCGUCAGUGUAAGCAGUACUGCGAGUCGAUGGGGGGAUCGAAGUACCGCUGGUUCCACAACGCUUGCUGCGAGUGCAUCGGCCCCGAGUGCCUCGACUACGGCAGCAAAGCCGUCCGGUGCAUGAACUGCCUGUUCUGAACCCGCUUUACAGCUCCUCCUCUUCAUUCUUGCAGAUCGACGUGUAGCCAAACAUGAUAGAGAAUAGAUGCAUAUUGUUCAUAUUCGGCUUUUAUUAUGAGUCCAGGUCUUUAUUAAGACCGACUGAUUUCAUAUCGAGUUUAAUCCUUAGUUUGUCUUCAGCAAAAUCUCUGCCAGUAAAGAAUAAAGUCUGCAGUUUUUUCCAGCGAGAACUGAGCAGUGUCUGUGUUUGCUGUUGAAGAGAAUC